AGGAUUGUGGAGCGUAGGGCACCGGCUCGAGCUGGCCUGUCCCCGCGCGCGGGAGCCCCGGUCGGCCGCCAAAUCUGGGCGGCUGGUAACUUGGCGGCGGGCUCCCGCGGCCGUGCCGCGGCCAUGUAGUCGCCGGCGGGGCUCCCCGCAGCCCGGGAGCGGCAGCGAGAGCGAGCCGGAGCCGCGCAGCCCGCAGCUUUCCCUGGAGACGCUGAGUGCCCGCCGCGUCCCCGCUGCCCCUCGGGCUGCACUUUGGGCCCGAGAGGGAAAUGGGGGAGAAAGUUUCGGAGGCGCCGGAGCCGGUGCCCCGUGGCUGCAGCGGCCACGGCGCCCGGGCUCCUGCCCCUGCGGUGGCCGCCGCAUCCUCGCCUGGCGCUUCCUCGGCCGAGUCCUCCUCGGGCUCAGAAACUCUGUCGGAGGAAGGGGAGCCCGGCGGCUUCUCUCGAGAGCAGCCGCAGCCACCGCCGCCGGGCGGCGCCCUAGGCGCCCCGCCGCCCGCCGCGUGGGCUCCCGCGCGCGUGGUGCUUGAGCUUGGAGUCUGUGCGCCGCCGCCGCAGCUCCGCGGAGGAACCGCGCCGCCCGCGCCGCGGGGCAGCAGCGCGUCCCAGGAGGAGCAGGACGAGGAGCUUGACCACAUACUGUCACCUCCGCCCAUGCCGUUUCGGAAAUGCAGCACCCCGGAUGUGACUUCUGGUCCUGCAAAGUCACUGAAGUUUAAAAGACAGCUGAGUGAGGACGGGCGAGAGCUGAGGCGGGGAAGCCUGGGAGGAGCUCUCACAGGGCGGUACCUGCUUCCAAACCCAGUGGCGGGGCAGGCCUGGGCCACCUCGGCGGAGACGUCCAACCUCGUGCGCAUGCGCAGCCAGGCCUUGGGCCAGUCUGCGCCCUCGCUCACCGCCAGCCUGGAAGGGCAGCCUCCGAAGAGCCAUUUCACCUCCGCCCGACAUCGGCAGAGACUAGUGGACCCAGCUGCUUCAAAAAAGGAGUUGAGUCUCCCCCGAAGAGGAAGUUUGAUAGAUUCCCAGAAGUGGAAUUGCUUGGUCAAACGUUGCCGAACAAGCAACCGGAAAAGCUUGAUAGGCAAUGGACAGUCACCAGCAUUGCCUCGACCACACUCACCUCUCUCUGCUCAUGCAGGAAACAGCCCUCAAGAUAGUCCAAGAAAUUUCUCCCCCAGUGCCUCAGCCCAUUUCUCAUUUGCACGGAGAAAUGACAGGACUGAUGGACGCCGCUGGUCCUUGGCUUCUCUCCCUUCUUCUGGCUAUGGGACAAACACCCCCAGCUCCACAGUCUCUUCCUCCUCUUCCUCCCAGGAGAAGCUGCAUCAGUUACCAUACCAACCAACGCCAGAUGAAUUGCACUUCCUGUCAAAACAUUUUUGUACUACUGAAAGCAUUGCCACGGAAAACAGAUGCAGGAACACCCCCAUGCGCCCCCGUUCUCGAAGUCUGAGCCCCGGACGUUCUCCCGCCUGCUGUGACCAUGAAAUAAUUAUGAUGAACCAUGUCUACAAAGAAAGGUUCCCAAAGGCCACGGCUCAGAUGGAAGAACGUCUGAAGGAAAUAAUCACCAGCUACUCUCCUGACCACGUUCUUCCUCUAGCAGAUGGAGUGCUCAGUUUCACUCACCAUCAGAUUAUUGAACUGGCUCGAGAUUGCUUGGAUAAAUCCCGCCAGGGUCUCAUCACCUCACGAUACUUCCUUGAAUUACAACACAAAUUAGAUAAAUUGCUGCAAGAGGCUCAUGAUCGUUCAGAAAGUGGAGAAUUGGCAUUUAUUAAACAACUGGUUCGAAAGAUCCUAAUUGUUAUUGCCCGCCCAGCUCGAUUAUUAGAGUGUCUGGAAUUUGAUCCUGAAGAAUUUUACUACCUGUUGGAAGCAGCCGAAGGCCAUGCCAAAGAAGGACAGGGUAUUAAAACUGACAUUCCCAGGUACAUCAUUAGCCAGCUGGGGCUCAAUAAGGAUCCUUUGGAAGAAAUGGCUCAGUUGGGAAACUAUGACAGUGGGACAGCAGAAACACCAGAAACAGAUGAAUCAGUGAGUAGCUCCAAUGCUUCCUUGAAACUUCAAAGGAAACCUCGGGAAAGUGAUUUUGAAACGAUUAAAUUGAUUAGCAAUGGAGCCUAUGGGGCAGUCUACUUUGUUCGGCAUAAGGAAUCCCGGCAGAGGUUUGCUAUGAAGAAGAUCAAUAAACAGAACCUCAUCCUCCGAAACCAGAUCCAGCAGGCCUUUGUGGAACGGGAUAUCCUGACCUUUGCAGAGAAUCCCUUUGUUGUCAGCAUGUACUGCUCCUUUGAAACAAGGCGCCACCUUUGCAUGGUCAUGGAAUAUGUGGAAGGAGGCGACUGUGCUACCUUGAUGAAGAAUAUGGGUCCUCUCCCUGUUGACAUGGCAAGGAUGUACUUUGCGGAGACAGUCUUGGCCUUGGAAUAUCUACAUAAUUAUGGAAUUGUACACAGGGAUUUGAAACCAGACAAUUUGUUGGUCACCUCCAUGGGGCACAUAAAGCUGACAGAUUUUGGAUUAUCCAAGGUGGGACUAAUGAGCAUGACUACCAAUCUUUAUGAAGGUCAUAUCGAGAAGGAUGCUCGAGAGUUCCUGGACAAACAGGUCUGUGGCACGCCUGAAUACAUUGCACCAGAAGUGAUUUUGAGGCAGGGCUAUGGGAAGCCAGUGGACUGGUGGGCCAUGGGGAUUAUCCUCUAUGAAUUUCUGGUUGGAUGCGUGCCAUUCUUUGGGGACACUCCAGAAGAGCUGUUUGGACAAGUCAUCAGUGAUGAGAUCAACUGGCCGGAAAAGGAUGAGGCUCCACCCCCCGAUGCCCAGGAUCUGAUUACCUUGCUUCUUAGGCAGAAUCCCCUGGAGAGACUGGGAACAGGUGGCGCCUAUGAAGUCAAACAGCAUCGAUUCUUCCGUUCUUUAGACUGGAACAGUUUGCUGAGACAGAAGGCAGAAUUUAUUCCCCAACUGGAAUCUGAGGAUGACACAAGUUAUUUUGAUACUCGGUCAGAGAAAUAUCAUCACAUGGAGACUGAGGAAGAAGAUGACACAAAUGAUGAAGACUUUACUGUGGAAAUAAGGCAGUUUUCCUCCUGUUCACACAGGUUUUCAAAAGUUUUCAGCAGCAUAGACCGAAUAACUCAGAAUCCAGGAGAAGAGAAGGAAGAGCCUGGAGACAAAACCAAAAGCACAACAUUGCCAUCCACAGAAACAUUCAGCUGGAGUUCGGAAUAUUCGGAAAUGCAACAGUUAUCCACAUCCAACUCUUCAGAUACUGAAAGCAACAGACAUAAACUCAGUUCUGGCCCACUUCCCAAACUGGCUAUUUCAACAGAGGCAGAAAAAGAUGAAGGUGCUCCCUGCCCCAGAGACCUGCACGAGGAGCCCGAGGUCACCACUCCCGCCAGUACAAUCAGCAGCUCCACCCUGUCAGUUGGCAGUUUUUCAGAGCACUUGGAUCAGAUAAAUGGACGAAGCGAGUGUGUGGACAGUACAGAUAAUUCCUCAAAGCCACCCAGUGAACCCGCUUCUCACAUGGCUCGCCAGCGAUUAGAAAGCACAGAAAAAAAGAAAAUCUCGGGGAAAGUCACAAAGUCCCUUUCUGCCAGUGCUCUGUCCCUCAUGAUCCCAGGAGAUAUGUUUGCCGUUUCUCCCCUGGGAAGUCCAAUGUCCCCCCAUUCCCUGUCCUCGGACCCUUCUUCUUCACGAGAUUCUUCUCCCAGCCGAGAUUCUUCAGGAGCUUCUGCCAGUCCACAUCAGCCCAUUGUGAUCCACAGUUCAGGGAAAAACUACGGUUUUACCAUCCGAGCCAUCCGGGUGUAUGUGGGAGACAGCGACAUCUAUACAGUGCACCAUAUUGUUUGGAAUGUUGAAGAAGGAAGUCCAGCAUGCCAAGCAGGACUGAAGGCUGGGGAUCUGAUCACACACAUCAAUGGAGAACCAGUGCAUGGACUUGUCCACACGGAAGUUAUAGAGCUUUUGCUAAAGAGUGGAAAUAAGGUCUCAAUCACCACCACCCCAUUUGAAAACACGUCCAUCAAGACGGGACCAGCCAGGAGAAACAGCUGUAAGAGCCGGAUGGUGAGGCGGAGCAAGAAAUCGAAGAAGAAAGAAAGUCUAGAAAGGAGGAGAUCCCUUUUUAAAAAACUAGCCAAGCAGCCUUCUCCUUUACUCCACACCAGCCGAAGCUUCUCCUGUUUGAACCGGUCCCUGUCAUCAGGGGAGAGCCUCCCAGGCUCCCCAACGCACAGCUUGUCUCCCCGGUCCCCCACGCCCAGCUAUCGCUCCACCCCUGACUUCCCAUCAGGUACUAACUCCUCUCAGAGCAGCUCCCCAAGCUCUAGUGCCCCCAACUCCCCAGCGGGGUCAGGACACAUCCGGCCCAGCACCCUACAUGGUCUGGCCCCCAAACUCAGCGGACAGCGCUACCGUUCUGGAAGGCGGAAGUCGGCUGGCAGCAUCCCCCUCUCCCCACUGGCCCGGACCCCCUCUCCAACACCACAGCCCACCUCCCCUCAGCGGUCACCAUCCCCUCUGUUGGGACACUCGCUUGGCAAUUCCAAGAUCGCUCAAGCUUUUCCCAGCAAAAUGCACUCCCCUCCCACCAUCGUCAGACAUAUCGUGAGGCCCAAGAGUGCAGAGCCCCCCAGGUCCCCACUGCUCAAGCGCGUGCAGUCAGAGGAGAAGUUGUCUCCCUCCUAUGGCAGUGACAAGAAGCACCUGUGUUCCCGCAAACACAGCCUGGAGGUGACCCAGGAGGAGGUGCCGAGGGAACAGCCUCCACGGGAAGUGACCUUGCAGAGCCUGGAGGAGAAUGUGUGUGACGCCCCUUCCCUGAGCCGCGCCAGGCCUGUGGAGCAAGGCUGCCUGAAGCGUCCUGUCUCCCGGAAGCUGGGGAGACAGGAGUCUGUGGAUGAGCUGGACCGAGAGAAGCUCAAGGCCAAGGUGGUGGUGAAGAAGCCAGAUGGUCUCCCAGAGAAACAAGAACCCCACCAGAAAUCCCAUGGACUUGGGAGUGAUUUAGAAAACCUCUCUACUUUUAGGCUGGAAGAGAGAGAGAAGAAAAUCUAUCCGAAGGCUUUAGAAAGGUCAAGUCAUUUUGAUAACAAAGUGGCCUUGCAGGAGGCCCCAUCCGUGGGCAGCCUGCUGAAAGGGGCUCUUCACAAGCAGGCCAGCAUUCGGGCCAGCGAGGGAGUGACCUCGGAAGGGGCAGCGGCUGGCCAUGGCCCAGCACCUGGGGACCACAGCCAGGGCAUCUGUGACUUCAAGCGCACCUCUGCUCCUGGCACCCUCCAGGACACUCUCUGCCACUCGGCUGAUAGGUCCAGCUCUGGGAAGGGUGAAAACACGGAGAAGGCCUCCCAGGCCAAGGAGUGUCUCCGAUGUGAGAAGUUAGACAGCAAACUGGCCAACAUCGAUUACCUCCGAAAGAAAAUGUCACUUGAAGACAAAGAUGACGGCCUGUGCACUGUGCUCAAGCCCAAGAUGACGUCUAGUGCCCACGAAAGCCUGCCCGGGAACCCCGUCCGGUCCAUGGGUGGACAGCAGGAGGCCCCAGUGGCCUCUGAGAGCCGAGCAUUCAUGAGCAGUGCCCACACGGCUCAGAUCAGCACUGUCUCCUUUGUCCCUCUCAAGGCGCUAGCUGGGCGGGUGGACGGUGGAGUAGAGAAGCCGGGCUUGGUUGCUCCUGAGUCACCCGUCCGGAAAAGCCCUUCUGAGUAUAAACUGGAAGGUAGGUCUGUGUCCUGCCUGAAACCAAUUGAGGGCACUUUGGAUAUUGCUCUCCUGUCUGGACCUCAGGCCUCCAAGACAGAGCUGCCUUCCCCGGAGCCUGCACAGAGCCCCAGCCCGGCCAGUGAUGUGAGGCCCUCUGUGCCACCGGCUCUCCCCAGCACCGGGGGCAAGAAGGGUGAGACGGCGGGUCAGAGGGAGCCUUCCCCUGCUGGCUUCAGGAUUAAUAAGUCCUACCUGCUGGAGCCCCGGUUCCCACCCCCCAGCCGGGGUCUCCAGAAUUCACCAGCAGCUCCCGUGCCUUGCUCUGACCCAGAGCUAAAGCGGGAUAGGAAAGCUUCCCAUGCAGCCAAGAGCACAGUGACGGUCAUGGAAAGUGAUCCCCAGCGGAGAGAGGGGGGCCCCAGCAAACACCAAAACCAUAGCCCUGACACCAAACUCCUCCCCUCCCUGGGAUUGAACCCCCACAGCGCGGACCCAUCCAGGUCACGCAGCCUGCUGCUGCCUGAAGGUACCGCCUCAAGAGAGAAGCCAAGUGGGAGGGAAUCCUCUGAAAGGGGCCCUUCCACGGCCAGAAGCGAGCGGUCCGCUGUGAGACCUGACUCCCACAGGGAUCCCUCUGUGGAGUUGUAUCCUCCAGAAGCUGCUAAAACCAGUGACAAUUCCAGAAAUCUCUCCUCCGGGGAAAGGACCCGUCCAGAUUCCUGCACUCAGACCCAAGCCCUGGAGAAAGCAUGGGCACCUUGUGGGAAAACAAACCACAGAGAUGGCCGAGAUGAGGUGAGGCCCCUGGCGAGGGAGGACUCCUCUUUGCAGUCAGCAGGGACUCCUCGUGAGAGGGAGCCGGGCAGAGGACGAGGUGGCCCGGAACCCCAGCCAGAAGCUCCUCCCAGCCGGUGGUCCCUGCAGCCACCAGGUACUGAACGUGGGAAGGAAGCCCAGCUCUCUGCUUUCCCAUCCUUGCCGAAAGACAGUCCCAAGGAACCAGAAAGGAAAGAACAGCCUCUACAAAAGCACGUCAGCAGUAGCUCUCAGCCCCCGCUGGUCACCAAAGAACUGCCCAGCCUGGCCACUCAGCAGCACUGCGGCUCCCCAAGCCACUCCUCAGGCAGAGAGCCGGGGGGCAAGCCCUGUACUACAGAGCCCAGCCUGGGCCUCCAGGGCCCUCCCAGGCCCGCUGCAGUGCAUGGUGAAAGCAGCAGCCCCAAGUCUGGGCCUGGCCCCGACUCCAUCCCCGCAAAGUCUAAGCACCCUGACAGGGCCCUCUCCUCCCAGAAGCCAAGCGUUGGGCCUGCAGCAGGUAGAGAGGCUGCAGCCCAGCCGCAGGUCGGCCCCAGCCGAGAAGGGAAGGACAGCAGUAAGGGUGUGCCGGAGGCCUUCCCUGCCCUCCCAGGCUCCCAGAACACAGCCACCAAUGCGAUUAGCCAGGGAGGAAGUGGACCCUCAGUUCCGCUGCUCACCGAAGGGGGUCCUCUAGACCCUAAGCUAAAAGCCACCGGUGGCAGGCGGUCCCCGGAGGCACCAGAGAAGCCCACGCAUCUGCCGCAGCAAGGACACCCAGGAGGGGGUGAAUCGGCGGACCAGAAAGUUGCCCCUGUCAAUGAAAAGCAAAACGUGUCUCCAAAGCACCCCAAACCAUCCACUGUGAAAGAGUGCCCCGCUGUGUGCAGACAGACAGACAGGAGUCCAAGUUCACAGGCUGCCACCGCCACGGACAGGAAGUCUGAGGGGAAGAAAUGCACUGAAGCACUUUACGUUCCAGCAGACGGCGGGAAGCUUGAGGCCAGCCUUUCCCUGGCACCCGGCGAGGCCCGGCCAAAAGGCCCAGAGAGGCCAGCAGCUGCUGUGGGGAAAGGCUUGCCAGAGGCCAAGGGGAAAGUGCUGAGUCCCCAGAAGCCGCUGACUGAGGCAGGCAAGCCCAGCGGCAUGAAACGGUCGCCCUCGGCCACCGGACAGAGUUCUUUUCGAUCCACUGCCCUCCCAGAAAAGUCUCUGAGCUCCUCCUCCAGCUUUCCUGAGGCCAGACCGGGGGCUCGAGAGGCUGCUGCAACUAGCGGUGACACAUCUUUGGCCAAGGCCAGCGGGGCUGCGGCUAAGACCCUGCCCGGGGGCGACGGCAGAACCCACAUGACAAAGAGCGACUCUCUGCCAUCCUUUCGGAGCUCCACCGUCACCCUGGAAUUGCACCACCCCAGCCCGCCCGUGGCAGGGGGAGCCGGCCUCCGGGACAGGGCCCUGUCGGUAUCUGCCACCACAGGAGAAACCAAAGGCAAAGAGCCUGUCGCAGCCCCGCCCUCUCAGACUAGGAAACAGAGCGUGGGCAGAGAAGUGACCAAGGCAUCCCCAGCUCCAAACCCUGACCGGCCCAUCGCCCUUUCUUCUGAGAAGGACUUUGUGGUGCGGCAGAGGCGGGGGAAAGAGAGUUUGCGUAGCAGCCCGCACAAAAAGGCCUCGUAACGGGGCAGGCCCCAGGCCCGACUGGGGAGACCCGACCUGAAUGUGUACCUGAGUCUUGACUACCUUGUGAAGCCAGCACUGUGUGGGAACGCCCGCCGGGCAGAGCCUGGAGCCCCUAGGCAGAGGGGGAGAGGGAGAGAGAGACAGAAAGAGGGGACCUUCUUCCAAUUGCCUUCCCAAUUGUAACCCAUGACACUGUUACCAGAGAGGGUUUGUACGAAAAACGAAAACAACAACAAUAAAGAAACACCUUUACAGUGGAAGGUUGUUGAGGAUAAAGAUUUUCUCUGUAAAUACCUAGCAAUGUGUUUGGUUUGGGAUGUAGAGUGAUACCUUGCUGCUGAUGGCGUUGUUUACCACAGCUUUUUCUUUUCUUCUCUUUUCUUUUUUUUUUUCCAGUAGGAUUUUUGCUUUACCGCUUAUCAUCACGUAGUAAUGAAGCAAAAUGGUUAAAACCGGGUGUAUGUAAGAGUAUAGAUACACUCGUGUGUAUAUACACAUCCACCCACAUGUUUUGGUCUCUGGUUUCAGAGAAUAUUUCAAGACUACAUUUUUCUAAGUUAAAACAUUCUGAGUAGAGUUCAAGAUGAAAGAAAGCCCUAAAUACAGUAGAUGGUGAGUUUGUGCGUGUCUUUUUAACCCAAGAUUUUGAGAGUACUGUAUCUGCCUACCUAGAUUUCCAGAUCUUAAAGCAAGAACUACUCUAGUCACUGCAUUUGGACUCUUCCUCCCUUAGGAAUGGCCGGAACAAGCAGAGCUAACCAUAUUCAUGUUACGGUCAUCGCGGUGGACGCUUGAUCUUGGGUCCAACUGUCUGAAAGGCCAGUUAUCCUUGUCUCUGGGUAUAUAUGUCGGGUCUUCACCCUGGGUGUAGUGGAGGCUAUAAACACACGUCAGCUUUGUUUCUCUCGCUUUCCCUUCUUUUCAUGCUCUUAAACUCAGGCCUUGAUCCUAUGAGUCACUAGUCCGAGAAGCACACAUUUCGUAGUAGUCUUGUGCCAGCCCUGCUCUUGAACAAAAAGGAAAAUUACUGGCCACACGCAGAUCCAGUAGUACUUAAGUUGAGUAAUAAGCAUCAGGCAUUGGAAGAGGUUUUAAAUUUGCAUUUUUGAGGGAAAGGGGGGGUGGAUUUUGGCAUCAUAGCAUAUAUAUUAAUGAAUAAUCAGGACAUCAGAUACAUUUUAAUACAUAGCUGGGGCCUUAUGUUGUAGAUGAAGCUUGCUGUUUUUAGCAAGUUCCUGGGUUUCACAUUCAUUUCUGAUGCAUCGAGUAGCUCCAUACAUUUCAUAACAUGAUCUCUUUAUUUGUAUGCAAAAAAAAAAAAAAAAAACCGUAUUAAUAAAGAGCAGCGUUUUUUAACAAAAAGACUUGGUGGAGCUAUUUGGUGCUUGAAUGUGACUGUCCUUUUUACUUUUGCUAAGCCUUAUUUAAAUUUUGUAUACCAUGGAAGAUGUAGACUUCGUCAAAUCAUUUUAGUGUUGAGGGGGUUUUUGUUUGUUUUUGUUGCAGUUGUCCUGGAGGCUUGUUUUGUAUUGUAAGACGGCACUUGCUGACCUAAGUACUAAGGCACUAAGAGAAAAUACACACAGAUAAGUAUUUAUAAGAUGUUUGGGAUCCAUAGCAGGAUUUUCUGUUUUGUUUUUCAAGAGGGAAAACAAUUACCAAUAAAUACAAAUUUGGCACCCAAACCCCCUCGGAUGUCUUAGUAUCUAAAUCAUUCAUCUAAAGCACAGCCUGCGGAUUGUAAAUUAUUUAGCAGGGCUGUAAACCCUGCUCCAAAAACAAAGGCAUCACUUAACUGACUGCUGGGUUGUCCUUCCUUGUAAAAUGAGUUGGCAAACAGAAAAAGUCCCCCCCUACCCCUGUUUUCCGCCCCCCCUGCCCCCGUGUAGUUUUAGCCAUUCCCCAUCACUACGUUGUGAAAUGGUAGAAGAAACGCAUAUUUUAGAAGAACUUAAAUGGGUUUCCAAAGUGGUCUCAACAUUUAUAAUUCAUAUCUGUGUUUGGCAGUUGUCACAACCCAAUCAUCUGUACUCAGACAUCACGACAGGUGUGUCGGGGAGGGAGUUCAUGGUUUACAGCCUUUGCUUUUUAACUGUCCAGUUUCCUUUAAAGCACAACUAGCUGCCUGUUUACAAAUGAUAUUUUUAUGUAUAUUUUGUAUAGUGUAUUAUCAUUUUGGCCAAAUAUGUUUUUGCAUUUUGGAUGGGUAAAGAGUACUUAAGGUUGCAUUCAUGUAAUACCUGUCUGUUGUUGUAAACCUCUCCAAUCAGCUGGUAGAAAUUCUCCUGUGUUCUAUUCGGUCAGUCUCCUGUGAUUGUAAGAUGUGCUCCUUGGUAGUACUCCCAGCUGUAGAUUUACCAGCUUAAAAGUUUGUUAGGAUCUGUGCAAUAAAGUGUUUGCAGUCUUAUUUUCUCUAAGAAAUUCCCUAUGGAUGUCAUAAUUGUUGUAUAUUGAACAAAUAUUUAUACUUAUGCAGUUGCAUAACAUUGAAAUAAAAAUUUAGCAUGAAAAGAUAA